AUGCAUCCGUCGAUGUCCAUUGGACGCAACUAUAGACUAACACUCGAUAAGAAAUUACGCGAAAUCAACGAGUUACGGGAAACGACUAAAAGCUAUAAGAUAUUAGACGAAGACAGUCAUUUAUUAAAAUAUUGUCUGCGUCAAAAAAGUGAAUCUAAAAAUCCACUUAAAACAAAUAUCACAAAUGAUUAUAAAUGUGCCGGCGUCGUGCCUUUAGUGGAUUUGCUGUCUGGAAAAUAUCACAGAGACAGGGCAAAGCAGAGAGAACAAAAAUUAACCGCAAAAAAAAUUAAAAAUAAUAUUGUAAAAGCAGAGCAACCUAAGAAUUAUAUUGGGUCAUCAUUACAAGCAUGUAUUGCAAUGAGUCCAGAUCAACAAUUGAAUAUACUGAAAGAUAUGUGGCGAAAAAAGAAAAGCGCAGAAGUCGCCAUAUGUAAAGAAGAUAAUGAAACAAUCAAAUACUAUUUGAAUAAAGGAAUAUCUAGUGAUUUUUACGGCCCAUUUCCAGAACAUUUGUUAGAAAAAAUAAAGGAAAAUCGUGUUAAACCGAAUCUGUUAAAAAAGUAAUCAUAAUAAUUAUCUAACUAAUAGAUAGUUAUUUAUAGCAUUAAUGAAACAUUAUGAUUUAUUGUUAAAAACCAAUUUAUGUUUAUUUUCAAAAAUUCAUCAUUCUUAAAACCAAUAAUUUCCCAGUAUACUCUAUAAAUACCCAGUGUACUCUACUAUAAAUGUUACCUAUAUUUUAAUUUUUUUCCUUGAAAAUUAAUUUGUUUUAAUUUGUCUAACAAACUAAACAUUUUAGUAGUUGUAGAACCUUUACUCAAUGCUUAGUCAAUUGUACAAUGUUUUGUGUUUGAUGUAUAAUGUUUAUCGUAUACAUAUAAUAUGUUUAUUAUCUACAUGUUAAAACAUUCAGGUAUCCAUAUGAAACAAACAUUUGUAGCCGCUUACGACAAUAUUAAUGCAUAAUAUUCUAUAGGCGUAUAAUGAAACUUUGAAUUUUUUAAUUCGAUUAUUUAUAUAAGUAAUUAAGUAUACUUAUAAAAUAGAUAUAUAAAUAUGUUUAAAAAUAUCAGCAUUUUUACGUUUAAUUAAAUA